AUGUCAACGAGCUACACGCGCCUCUAUCGAAUCCUAUUCGUGAUCAUUUUCCUCAAGUUGCUUUUCCUGCUGGGAUUAUAUUUUCGAAGUUAUGAUGCCAGCACAAGGUUGCGAAGACGACCAGUUGUGGUCUCUCAGGUGGAUAUAUUCGAUGAGAUACUAUUGGAUCGCAGGGAGCAACCCACUUGGGAGCAGCAAAUGAAAUGGAUACGCGAGGAGAUGCCUUCGUUUCCCUUGGAAGAGCUCGUACAACGAGAGAAGCACUAUCAGGCAGUGAAAUGUGGUCCUGCUCCGGAUUUAAUGAAUAUUGAUUUCCAUAAUACCUACUGGCAAAAGGCAGUGAAUCGAAAUCUUACUUACUAUCUCUUUGGAGCUUAUUAUGAUGACAGGGAGACAGUGCCAGAGGCACCUCUCGUCCGCCUUCUGACCAUGGUUAAUCAACAUCUGGAUAAUAAGUUUAAAUAUCCACAAAUUUAUUGUCAAUUUUGGUUUGAGGGUAAAGCGGAUCCCCUAAUUGUUAAUGUCACCGAGCAUCGUGUUAUGUGGCCCUUUGGUCAUGCUCCACGUCGUAUCUAUCCCACUUUAUUGAGCUGUCCCCUGCCAGAUGAGGAGAAGGUGCCACAAAUGGUGUCCUUAGUUGGAAACAAGUGUGACAGAGCUAGGAAUUUGCUAAGAGUGAUCUAUGAGCCGGAUGAUCAGGUUAAAGAUAUAAAAGGAAACAGUACCGAAUCCAUUUCCACGGAAUCUUCCUCAAUGGAGCCAGCCAAGGAUCCCCGUUUCAUAGUCUGUGUCAAAGCCAUGGAUUUCCCCUAUGAGGAUAAGUCAUGGCGUCUGAUUGAAUGGCUAGAGCUAAUGCGUCUGCUGGGUGCCUCCAAAGUCUGGCUUUACGAUGCCCAAAUGCAUCCGAAUAUGACACGAGUGCUGAAGGAUUAUCCCGGCUUUGUGGAGGUGCGUGCCAUGUCCUUGGGUCGUGGUGAACCACAUGCUCGUCCCCAUUUCCAUCACUACACCAUGGCAGCGGAUGGUUUCAAUCGAAUCUUGAACGAGAUGAUACCCUACAAUGAUUGCUUUUAUAGGAAUAUGUAUAAGUAUGAUUAUGUUGGAGUCUUUGAUACCGAUGAAGUGAUCAUGCCUUUGGGCAACACCACCAACUGGAAGCAGCUGGUGAAGCUUGCCCGCGUUGUUCCCGACUAUGAAAGUGUCACCUCCAAGGAUUGCACCGAAUGGGUGAGCUUCUGUUUCCGCAAUGUCUACUAUCCUCGGUAUCCGGAAAGACCCAAGGUAUAUCGCAAUCUAUCCAGUUCCUUCUAUAUGCUUCAACAUGUGGAACGAGUGCGAGAGCAUUGCAAUCGUGGUGCGGCCACCAAGUGUUUACAUGACACUCGUUUUGCAGUCGGUUUGCAUAAUCAUUUCACCUUUUUCCAUACGGAAAAUGCUGCCUGUGGGGCGAAAUCGGUGCCCAUUGAGUUUGCCCAAAUGCAGCAUUAUAGGGAACCGGAUACCAAAUCAAUGUUGAUCGAUCCGAUUAUAGAUGCCAAUAUCUGGCGAUUCCAGCCGCAGUUGCAAUCAAGGAUCGAGGAGAAGUAUCGAAAAUUGGGUUUCCUGCCCAAUGAACAGCAGCUGGCGGAUUCCAUGGAGCGACGAAGACUCAAGGAUGAACUCCAGCUGAAGGAGGCAGUGGGUCAGGCGGGGUGA